AGAGUAGGUGGGAGAGAAACUGUUCCCGCUCAUACAAGGAUUGAGAACGAGAGGGCACCGGGUUGAAGCGGAUUUGCAAACGCGACGUGAGGAAUAAGAAACUUCUUCACACAGCGAGCGGUCCGGGUCUGGAAGACGCGGCCUGGGAAGUGCGCUGGAGGCAGGUUCGAUCGAGGCGUCCGAGAGAACGGUCGACGGUUACUCGAAUGGAAACAACGUGCAAGGGGAAAAGGCAGGAGAGUGGCGCUGGCUCACGACGCUCGUUUGGAGAGCCAGUGCAGACAGGAUGGGCCGAGUGGCCUCCUGCACCAUAACGAUUCUGUGACACCUCCAACCUCUGCACUCAGAAGCUGAGCCCGCGCUGUUUGGGGGAAGCGGGGAGAAUCGCAAUUUUGUGAGCAGAGCGCGUGAUAUUUCACAGCUGAACAAAAUCCUGCACCACGAUUUACUCUCCAUUCUGGCCAGCGCACGCUUCGGGAUUCAGGCGGUGUGGGGGCAGGGUGCAGAGGAGAUUUCCCUGACCAGUUAUCCUGGGGCACAGCUGACUUCAUUCCGCGCGGAGAGAGAGAGAGAGAGACCGGGAGGGGCCGGGGGUUUCCUCGUUCUCCUCGGAAGCAGAGAAGGUGAAGGGGGAGAUCGAAUCGAGGCGCUCGGAAUCGGGAAGGGUCUGCAACGGGUGGGUCGAUGAGGAGAAACUGUCUCCAGUGGCUGGAGGGUCGGGAGCCAGAGGGACACACAGAUUGAGGGCGACCGGGAAAAGGUUCCUGGGUCACGAGGCAUCGUUCCCCCCCACCCCCACCCCGAGGGCCAUGGCUGCACGAAGUAUUGGCCGUCUGAGCACGAGGGGCUGCGCCCUCUUCCUCUGCGACAUGCAGGAGAAGUUCCGUCCCAAUGUGGCCUACUUCCCCCAGAUCGUGGCUGUAUCAGCCCGGAUGCUUCAGGCAUCCAAGGUGCUGGAGAUCCCUGUGAUUGUAACAGAGCAGUACCCCAGAGGUCUGGGGCCUACGGUACCAGAGCUGGGAGCUGAGGGUUUGAGGAAGUUCGAAAAGACCUGCUUCAGCAUGCUCACCCCCGAGGUGGAGGCAGAACUCAGCUCCCUGACCAAGCUGCAGUCAGUCAUCCUAUGUGGCAUCGAGACACAGGCUUGUAUAAUGAGCACGGCGCUGGACUUGCUGGAGAGAGGGCUGGAUGUGCAUGUGGUCGCCGACGCCUGCUCAUCGCGCAGCCAGGUUGAUCGGUUAAUAGCCCUCUCACGCAUGAAGCAGAGUGGAGCGUUCCUGACCACCAGCGAGGGGGCUCUGCUCCAGCUCCUCCAGGACGCCAGGCACCCGAGAUUCCGAGAGGUGCAGAAGAUCAUCAUGGAGCCAGCACCUGACAGUAACCUGAUCGCCCUCUUCCAGGGUCAGAACCCCCUCCUCAGCUGAAGGGUCGGACGCCUCAAGACUGAAGGGUCGCUGCCCGAGCGCAGAGCUGUGGUCCGGUUUCACCCCUUACCCCGAGUCCCCAGGCGAAGUCCACCAGUCCGCCUGGGCCCGGUUCACGCCCCCCCCCCGGUCAGACAUCUCUCAAGCCUUCAGAGUGAGCUGCCCGGGUGUACUCCCUGCCCGCCGACUGCUGCCUCACCUGGGCCUGAUACUAGCGUGACGUGUAAGGACUGAGUCUGGCCCAGCGCUCUGCCGACUGUUGUGUUGGCUGUGCGAGUAAAAAUACAUCCUGGCAAA